AUAAUAGUUGAAAUUUAAAUAGGAGGUUAACGCUUUCUUCUUCUUCUUCUUCGACAAAUUCGCUGUUUGAUUUCCGUUGCAGGAGUGGAUUGUUUCAAAUUUCCAAACUCAAAAGACUAAUCUCUUGGUUUCUGGUUUAUCAAUAACGAGAAAUUCGCUGCUCGAUUCAUGGAAGGCGAUAGUGCGUUGCAUAAGGGGUCAGUGACAUGUGCUUCUUGGAUUCGAAGGCCAGAUAAAGCUCAUCUUGUGGUCUUGGGAAGGUCGAGGCGUGGUGAAUCUUCUCCGUCUGUACUCGAGAUCUUCUCAUUUGAUGCCAAGACUUUCUCCCUUUCCUCUUCUCCAAAGGCCACAUAUGUGCUAGAAGAUGGGGAUCCCGUUAGCAUUGCAGUGCAUCCCAGUGGAGACGACAUCAUUUGCUCCACCACCACCGCUGGUUGCAGGGUGUUUGAGUUGUGUGUUCAGGAAGAAAGUAUAAAGCUGUUGGCCAAAGACCUAGCUCCUCUUCAAGGUGUUGGUCCCCAGAAAUGUCUAGCUUUUAGUACUGAUGGAUCUAAAUUUGCCUCAGGUGGGGAGGAUGGGUGUCUUAAAAUUUUUGAAUGGCCAAGCCUGGGCAUAAUUUUAGAUGAGCCAAAAGCACACAAAUCUUUCCGAGAUCUGGAUAUUAGCCUGGACUCAGAGUUCCUUGCUUCAACAUCAAUUGAUGGUUCUGCACGAAUAUGGAGUACCAGUGAUGGUCUUCCCUUGGCAUCUUUGACUCGUAACUCGGAUGAGAAGAUUGAAUGUUGUCGCUUUUCCAGGGAUGGGACCAAACCGUUCUUAUUUUGCACUGUUCAGAAGGGUGAUAAAGCGGUUGUUGCAGUUUGGGAUAUUAGCACUUGGAAUCGAAUUGGGCAUAAAAAGCUACCUAGAAAGUCUAUUUCUGUGCUGUCCAUCAGCUUGGAUGGAAAAUAUCUUGCAAUGGGAAGCAAGGAAGGUGAUAUAUAUGUAAUUAAUGUAAAGAAAAUGGAGCUCUGCCACUGGAGCAAGAGGCUUCAUCUUGGUACAUACAUUUCAUUGGUGGAGUUUUGUCCUAGUGAAAGGGUGGUACUUUCAACUUCUAGUCAAUGGGGAGCUGUUGUAACAAAGCUAAACGUGCCAGCAGAUUGGAAAGAGUGGCAACUCUACUUGGUUCUUUUGGGACUGUUUAUGGCAUCCGCUGUUCUAUUCUACAUAUUUUUUCAGAAUUCUGAUUCAUUUUGGAACUUUCCUCUUGGGAGAGAUCAGCCUGCAAGACCAAAGGUCGCAUUUUUUAGAGAUCCAGAGACUUCUGAUGAUCCAAAUUCCUGGGGGCCCCUAGAUUUAUAAGUAACUUUGCAGACUUUAGUUACUCUGGCUGAAGUCAUCUAAACAAAGUAGCUAAAUAAGCAAUUUUUGGGGAGACAAUGUAUCUCUGCCUGUUACCACUCUUUAGAUAGAUUCGUCAGUAGAAAAAUUUCCAAUGUAUAUUCUAGAUCGAUUGGCCUGAGAGGGUAAAACUGUGGCUUUGUAGUUCGUGAUUACAUAUCUACUGAUGACAUAUGGGGGAUGUAACUGGGGAUCCAACAAUGUUCUCAAUCAAUUUCCAUUGACAUAAUGGUGCUCUGGUAUUCUGUAAA